GACCUCUUUUCUCCAAAUUCCCACAACUUCGCAGCCCCCUUUUCUCCUAAACAACCACUGGGUGAGGAGCAGGACAUCCACACCCUGCUGAGAUCCAUGUGUUUCUCGGAAAGGUGGUCCAGCCUUCCCCUGUCUUCCACCGAGCAGCUGUGCUGAGACAACCCCGAGCUCGCCAUGGAGCUGCUGGAGGAACCUGACUCAUAGAUGUUCCCAGCACCAGGGAUGGCACCCGCGGAGCCCGAGGCCGCCCCGGCCCGCCGGUGAGGUGCCCCCCAGCAGCCACCCUGAGCCCCCUGCCCAGAGCACGAUGAACAAGCUGCCUUUCCACAACAACAGAGUCAUGCAGGACCGGCGCAGCGUGUGCAUCUUCCUCCCCAACGACGACUCCCUCAACAUCAUCAUCAACGUGAAGAUUUUGUGCCAAGAGUUACUGGUGCAGGUGUGUGACCUCCUGAGGCUGAAGGAUUGUCACCUCUUCGGGCUCAGCGUCAUCCAGAACAAUGAGCAUGUGUACAUGGACCUGGCCCAGAAACUCUACAAGUACUGCCCCAAGGAGUGGAAGAAGGAGGCCAGCAAGGUCAGCGGUGAGGUCUUGCAUGGAGAGCUGACGGCAGUAAGGCCACCUCUGUCCCCGUCGCAGGGCAUCGACCAGUUUGGCCCCCCCAUGAUCAUCCACUUCCGAGUGCAGUACUACGUGGAGAACGGGCGGCUCAUCAGUGACAGGACAGCUCGGUACUACUACUACUGGCACCUGAGGAAGCAGGUGCUGCACUCCCAGUGUGUGCUGAGGGAAGAAGCCUAUUUCCUGCUCACUGCCUUUGCCCUCCAAGCCGACCUGGGAGACUUCAAGAGGAACAAGCACUACGGGAAAUACUUUGAGCCCGAGGCUUAUUUCCCUGCCUGGGUGGUAGCCAAGAGGGGCAAGGAUUACAUCCUGAAGCACGUCCCCAACAUGCACAAGGACCAGUUUGCCCUGACAGCCUCAGAAGCCCAUCUCAAGUACAUCAAGGAGGCCGUCAGGCUGGACGACGUGGCCGUGCACUACUACAGGUUGUACAAGGACAAAAGGGAAGUGGAGGCCUCCCUGACUCUGGGGCUGACAACACGGGGCAUCCAGAUUUUCCAGAACCUGGAUGAGGAAAAGCAGCUGCUCUACGACUUCCCGUGGACAAACGUGGGGAAACUGGUGUUUGUGGGCAAGAAGUUCGAGAUCCUGCCGGACGGGCUGCCCUCGGCGCGGAAGCUCAUCUACUACACGGGCUGCCCGCUGCGCUCGCGCCACCUCCUGCAGCUGCUGAGCAGCAGCCACCGGCUCUACAUGAACCUGCAGCCCGUGCUGCGCCAGGUCCGCAGGCUGGAGGAGAACGAGGAGAAGAAGCAGUACCGGGAAUCCUACAUCAGCGACACGCUGGACCUGGACAUGGAGCAGCUGGAGAAGCGCUCGCGCGCCAGCGGCAGCAGCGCCGGCAGCAUCCGGCACAAGCGGCUCUCCCGGCACUCCACCGCCUCCCACAGCAGCUCCCACACCUCCGGCAUCGAGGCCGACCCCAAAGCCCGGGAGAUGGGGCCCGAGGACGGCUUCGCCGGCGCCCACCGCAAGCUGAAGACCUGCAGCUCCAUGACCAGCCACGGCAGCUCCCACACCUCGGGCGUGGAGAGCGGCGGGAAGGACCGGCUGGAGGAGGAUUCCCAGGACGACGAAAUUGAGAUGCUGGUGGAUGACCCCCGGGAGCUGGAGCAGGCUGGGGAGAUGGAGGUGAGCCCCGACAUGUGCGUCUACAUCACCGAGGACAUGCUGCUGUCCCGCAAGUUCAACGGGCACUCGGGACUCAUCGUGAAGGAGAUCAGCUCCUCCACCUCCAGCUCCUCGGAGACGGUGGUGAAGCUGCGGGGGCAGAGCACCGACUCCUUGCCCCAGACCACGUGCAGGAAGCCCAAGACGUCGACAGACCGGCACAGCCUGAGCCUGGAUGACAUCCGGCUCUACCAGAAGGACUUCUUGCAGUUGGCCAACCUGUGCCAGGACACGGCGCAGAGCUUCACCUUCGGCUGCGCCCACGGCCUGGACGAGGACGGGCUCUACUGCAACGGCUGCCUGGCCCAGCAGUGCAUCAACAUCCAGGACGCCUUCCCCGUGAAAAGAACCAGCAAAUACUUCUCCUUGGAUCUGACCCACGACGAGGUGCCCGAGUUCGUGGUCUGAGCGUGGGGAGGCUCCGCCGCCGCCUCGCCCCAGCCCUGCCCUGCUCCCUGCAGACCACGCUGGAGACCUUGCCCCUGCUGGAGGAGGGGCAGGGUGGGGAUCCCCAGCACGGGGUGGAUUCCCGAGGAGUUUGUGCCAAACACAAGUUGUCUUAUUCCGACUGGCAGGAGCACAGCUCCGCUGGAGCUGGCAGAAGCUCACCUGUGGCCUCUCUCCCCCCUCCUUGCCCCCAGGUGACUCUGGGGUGGCUGGAAAGUGCCAGACUGUCGUGUUCAAGCCAAGCCAAAGAAAUGUAAAUAACCCUAAAGGCCAGUAUGGGAAGGGAGAAUCAAGCAAUAACCAGCCAGGGAUCUCCAGGCCUGGUGAUGUUCCGUGGAGGAAGGCGUGGCCAGCAGCUCCUGGGGCAGAGCAUGAUCCCAGUUUUUCCAAAAACGCGUGCUGGAGGUCAGGCCACAGCAAUCCAGCCAGGUGGAUGAUGGCUGGAAGCUCUCAGAGCCAUUUGCAACUUGUUUUUAUAUUUUUCUCUUUUUUUUUUUUUUUCAUUUCUUUUUUUUUUUUUUUGAGAGCAAAACCCCAAAACCAAAAAAAAAAAAAAAAAAAAGAGCUCACCCUCCCCAGAAAAAGAAAGCAAAGCAGGAUGGAAAAAAAAUAAAUCCUCUAUAAGGAUAAUGCAAUAAUGCAUUCCAAACAUUGACUGUCUAGAGAAUACAUAUAUAAAUAUAUCAAGGUAUGUAUGUUUAUAUAUGUCUGGAUCUUACAGACCCAUUUGCAUUUUACUCCUGCUCUGAAACACCUUUUAUACAAAGAUCUGCCUCUCUCCUUUCAUGAACUCUAUCAACAAUCCUAUUUUUUUUUCCUAAGCACUACUAAGGUGAGAAAACAGACUUUCCUCCAGAGGAGAAUGUGCAUCCUUGCCUUGUCCGUGUGGCUCUUCCCACUGCAUCUCCCUUCUCUUUUCCCAAGGCUUCUCGUGCAUCCUUAGGUGUCUUACAGCUGGAAUAAUUCUGCCAGAGGAUGAUGGUGACGUGCUAGGCAAAUCCAGGGGUGGUUUCUGAGUGUGUCCCAGGGAAGGCAGACAGCCCAGGUGGAAUAUUUGACUAUUGCAGAGUUAAUUAUCACAGCACAACGCCUUUGUAGUGGAUAUUUUUAAUUAGAGUUUAGCCAUUGACAGCCAAAGUUUUGCCAUAUUUUGAUACAUCACCUUUUCUUUUUUUUUUCUUUUUUAACUGGAAGCUUUUCUUAAAAAACCAAACCAAAAAAAGAAAAAAUAAUUAUUUUAUAAAUAAGCACAAUCUUAUUUUUGUAAGAAAUGUUGGGGGAGGGAGCUGAGAAAUGGAAGCUGGAACCAAAAGAAAUGAAGAGUAGCUAUAGGCACAGUGCAAAAAACAAAAAAAUAAAUCUCUUGGGAUGUUGGGACAUGGGAGAGCUGCUGUGGGAAUGUGGGACUGUGGCACUGGCACCGUGCCCCCACCCCAGAGCUUGAUCUGGCCCUGCCUGAGGGGUUUUAUGGGAAAAUAUCCAAUGCUGGCAGGGCAGGAUGCUGCUCCCUAAAGCAUCCUCAUCUCCCUAAAUCCACACAGGGCAGCUGGAGGGAUGCUGCUGGGGCUCAGGGCUCUCUGCCCCACUCUGGUUUGGGGAACACCCCACCAAAUACCCCAAAACCCUCUCUUUGGGUGCUGGGAUAACAUUUGAGUCCAGCCCCCAUCCACAGCUGGGUUUGCAGCGUGUGCACCGGCAGUGUGAGUUUCCAUGCUGGCACGGGCAGGAAAAUUCCCCAAAUUCAUCCCCAGCCUCUUUCUCCCACCUCUCCCAGCCUCUGGGUGCUCUCCAUGGGACCCUGACCCUGCAGAAACACAGAGCUGGAGGGGAAAAAUGGGAUAAAACGUGUAAAGAGAUGCUCAACACUGCUGAGAAAUGGGGAGAGGGCAGCCCCAUCCCAGGAUCCUGCGCCCAGAGCUGGGGGGAGCAGUGGGGUUGGGGUUGGGAUGGGAUGGAGCUUGUCCCUCCCAACAGCAGCAGGGAGCAGGGGGACACAGAGGUGCCACUGGAGCAGGGGGACACAGAGGUGCCACUGGAGCAGGGGGACACAGAGGUGCCAUUUAUUCCCAGUUUUCCCCCAGGUGGCCGUGCCCUCCUGCCCUUGGGGCUGUUCCCCCUGCAAUAAGGAUCUGUCUGUCUGCACAAAAUAGUCCUUUCUGUGAAAGGAUCUUCCCAUCAGGGCUGAUGGGAGAGCCCGGUGACUGUGUUGCAAAAGGAGCAGGGGAAAAAAGGAAAAAAAAAAAGGGAAAAAAAAGAAAAAAAGAAAAAAAACCUCCAGGAAAAUCAAACGGAAAAUCCCCGGAGCGAAAUUCUUUUGUACCAAUGAAGUUUGUUGUGUGCCUUUUGCAGAACGGCUGGACGUGACAAUAAAGUGACAGUUGUUUGCAUCA